UUCCAGAUUUUUAGAAUCGCAAAAGCAGCAGCUACGGAAGCCCGUCCGGUCCAAGCGGUGACAGCGCGUUCUUUCCCAGCAGGCAUUCCUCAUAUUGUACACAAUCAUCAUGGCGGCUCAGGAUGGAAGCGAGGGAGUGGAAAUGGAAACCGAAGUCAGCCUGAAAGCAUCAGAAGUGUCGUCUGACGAGGGCAGUAAAGGAGACGCAGCAGGGGUUGAGCAAGCCGUCCUCGCCGAUGGAGAGAACGCCUCGCUGUCUCAGGUCUCCGCCGUCAGCAACGGAGACGACGGCGAGGAGGGGAAGGAGAUGGUGGAACUGAAAAUUAUUUGGAACAAGAACAAAUAUGAUCUUAAAAUACCUUUAGAUGGAACUGGAGCUAAACUGAAAGAGAGAAUUCACACACUUACUGGUCUUCCACCCGCUAUGCAGAAGGUGAUGUACAAAGGACUGCUACCAGAGGACAAAACGCUUCGUGAAAUUAAAGUCACAAACGGUGCGAAAAUAAUGGUGGUCGGGUCUACAAUAAAUGACGUCCUGGCUGUAAAUACACCGAAGGAAGUAAUUCAACAAGAAGUUAAAGCUGAGGAAAAUAAAAAAGAGCCGUUGUGCAGACAAAAGCAACAUAGAAAAGUGUUGGACAAAGGAAAACCUGAGGAUGUUAUGCCGUCAAUAAAAGGAGCUAAGGAGCGUUUACCAACAGUGCCUUUAUCUGGAAUGUACAACAAAUCUGGCGGAAAAGUAAGGCUCACUUUCAAACUGGAACAGGAUCAGCUGUGGAUUGGAACAAAGGAAAGGACAGAAAAAAUCCCAAUGGGAUCCAUCAAAAAUGUUGUGACUGAGCCUAUAGAAGGUCAUGAGGACUACCAUAUGAUGGCGUUUCAGCUGGGUCCGACGGAAGCCUCUCAAUACUGGGUUUACUGGGUGCCUGCACAGUAUGUUGAUGCAAUCAAAGACACAGUCCUCGGGAAGUGGCAGUAUUUUUAACGUGCCUCCUCUAUUGACACUGAAGAAUUGGGAUUUAGAGCAAAACAACACCCUUAACUGGACCCUGUGUAAUGAUUUGAGGAACUUUUGAUUUUUUUUUCAACCAUAUAAAAACUGAAGGAAUUCUGGCGGACAAUUUUUUUCCUGGGUUUUAAGUGCACUAAAUGGCAUAAUCCCAUUUUUUUUUUUCAACCCGUCUCACCUAUUUUUUAAGCAACCCCAAGGAUAAACAAAGAAUUGUACAGAACUUACAAAUACAUGUGAAAGAAAUAAAAUAUUAUUUAAGGAAAAAUGAUUGAUGGACCAGGGAGAUUUUUAUCUUGUACAGUUUGUUGGUGUACCAUCAUACAGUUCAAUCAAGCCAAAGUUCAUAACAACUCCAUUGUACUGAGGGGAAUGCUUUUUGUUGGUCAUUGUUUAAAAAUUAUUUGCCAUGCAAUGGUACCACACAUAAUUAAAGUUAAUUUAAAUAAAUUGACAUAAGCCACUUUAAACGCAGUGAAUACGUUGAGAUCUCUGCUAUUAAAGAAUUAACAAUGGAUUAAGAGUUGAUGAUGUACAGUAUAUGUACUGGAGGCAAAUGAAAAAAUGGAAACACCAGAGAAAGCAUAUAAAAGCCUCAUCAAUUUAAUACAUAUUCAACUAUGCUUCUGUUAUACAAGGCAUUUUUACUAAACUUAUUAUCAGCAUCUAUAAUGAUAUGAGACAAAUACGUAUAAAAAAACAUAAUUCAGUGUUCAAAUCGCAAAUAUACAAUGCAUCAGAAGUGGAAAUGCUACCUGAUGAAUAAAUAAGUAUAGCUGAAGAUCUUUGAAGGAUGUAUAUGUGGACACAAUUGGUUGAAAAUGGACACAGAAGUCGAUUAAAACUCUUCACAUAAGUGACGUUUAACAUCUUCCAAACCUUUAACUGUUGCAUUUUGGGGAGGAAAUAAAUAUUCGAUUCCCAAAGAAAAAAAAAGUUCUUCAUGUAUAACAAAUUUGAACUUUUAAAUUCAGUACAUGAUACUGAAAUGAUACAGUCAAAAAAAAAAAAAAAACUUUAAAGACCAAAUUCAGCUCCUGGUUAUAAAUUAUAGCCCAAUUUUGCCGAGGUGUUUCCAUUGUUUUGUGAGCGUCCUGUAUGUUACCAGCUGUGCUAUGUACCGCUCUCUAAGCCACGAUGUUAAAUUUCCACCCUUGCCUCUGUGUUUUCAUGACAACCUGUGACAUUAAGCUGUGCAUCCUCUGCAAUUUUGCUGCCUGGCUAGCAACCUCAAAUAGGAUGUAUGAAAGAAAAUAUUGUUCAACACACUUUAAUGCCAUAUUUUCUCAUCUGGAACAGUGCUACUGUUCUUGUUCUUUGAUUGCUUUAUACAACCAGGUCACACUUGUGCAAUGUCAAUUAUGGUGCUAACCAGUAAUAAGCAUUUUAUUUUACAAUUAAGCGUAAGCAGCUCAACAAAGAUAUCCUCAUGACAGUAUUUAAUUGAAACAGACAGUGCUGACUCAGUGACAAUUUCUGUUCUAACACCAACAUGUGCCACUUAUAGGCAUCUUGACAAAUCAGAUGGAUCCAUGCAGCCUGACUAUGACUGAUUAUGUAAAUAAAGAACAUGAGUUAAUCCAAUCCUGUCUUCUGCCAUCCAAAAUGUAUGGAUUUGAACAGAAAAUAACGUGAUACAAGUUUUUUUUUCUUUUUUCACCAUUAUAAAGUAUGACCCUGAUGACUGAUGAAUGGCUGUACGUAAUCAGUACAGGCACAUAAUCUCAAACAGGCAAUAAAAAAGUUUGUUUUUUCCUCA